AUGAUAGACAUUUUUGCUGCUCUACACUAUUCAGAAGAGAGGCAAGUUACUUUUACGGUCUUUCAACUAGAAGGGGCCGCCCGUUCUUGGUGGAAUAUCAAACGAACCAAAUGGGAGAGAGAGCAGACACCAAGAACGUGGAUGAACUUCGUAAGGGAGUUUAACGCCAAGUACUUCCCGCCUUUGAUCCAGGAAAAGAAGGAAGACGAGUUCAUCCGACUUCGCCAAGGCACCCAAUCAGUGGCCGAGUACGAGAACCAGUUUACCCGCUUGUCUAAAUUUUCCCCUGAACUUAUUCUGACGGAACAUAGGACGGUGAGACGUUUUAUUCAGGGGCUUAACGUGGAAAUCCAAAAGGACUUGGAUGUAGCCCAAAUCACUACUUUUAGUGAUGCAGUUGAGAAGGCUUUGCGAGCUGAGAACGCAAGGCUCCAAGUGAGGAACUUCCAGGUUCGCAAACGUGGGCUCUCGGGAGCCAGGGGUACUCAGCCAAGAGGUGGCCAAACUGGACGAGGUCAACAGAGGAGUGCUUCACAUGAGAGCUCAGCCACUGUUUCUCGUGGCCCGUGUGGUUUCUGUGGGAAGCUAAACCAUGCGGAGAACAAUUGUUGGAGGAAAGAGAGGAAGCGCUUACGCUGUGGGAGCGCGGAGCACCAGAUCGCCAAUUGUCCGGUCCAAUCUCGAGAGAUGAUAGGGACUACGCAAUCAUCGAAGGCUACCUCGGAACAGUCGAAAGUGGAAGGAGUGAAACCGAAGGUGCCUGCUCGGGUGUAUUCUGUCGAGCAAUGCCCUGUCCCUGAUUCGGCGGAGGUGGUGGAAGCUAGGUAUGAUGCCCAGCUGGACUGUAAGAGGAAGGUAGUGGAAUUUCGUAUCCCUGGGGAGGCGACCUUAAGGCUAGAUGUGAGGGGCAGUCUAGCCUCAUCUGCAAUGCUUUCGGCUAUUCGGGCUAGAAAACUAUUGAGUAGAGGGGCACAAGGGUUCCUAGCCUUUCUCAUUAACACUCCCACCGAUAAGUUGAAAGUAGAAGAUGUUCUAGUAGUGGGUGAAUAUCCGGAUGUGUUUCCCGAUGAAUUAGUGAAUCUAUCACCGGAAAGAGAGAUAGAAUUUGAGAUUAACCUGUUAUCGGGGACUUCACCUAUCUCUAAGACCCCAUACCAUAUGGCACCUGCUGAAUUCAAGGAGUUGAAGUUGUAG